AGGCAGAGCACUCCUCUCGCUAAUCAUCCCUACUUGACCACAGGAUUAGCCGGCCGCCGGAAAUCUUUUGUGCCGCGCCAUGGCCGUCGGCGGCGAAAACGGAGGGGCUACCACCACGGGGCACGGGCAGACGGUGUGCGUGACCGGCGCCGGCGGGUACAUCGGGUCGUGGAUCGUCAAGCUCCUCCUGGAGAAGGGUUACGCCGUGCGAGGCACCGUCAGGAACCCCGAUGACGCCAAGAACGCGCACCUGAGGGGUCUCGCCGGCGCGGCGGAGAGGCUGACGCUGUGCAAGGCCGACCUGCUCGACGGCGACGCGCUGCGCGAUGCUAUCGCCGGCUGCCACGGCGUGUUCCACACCGCUUCGCCGGUCACCGAUGAUCCCGAGGAGAUGGUGGAGCCGGCGGUGAGGGGCACGCGCUACGUCAUCGAGGCGGCGGCUCAGUCCGGCACGGUCCGCCGCGUCGUGCUGACGUCGUCCAUCGGAGCGGUGGCCAUGGACCCCAACCGCGCCCCGGAUGCGGUCGUCGACGAGUCCUGCUGGAGCGACCUCGAGUUCUGCGAGAAGACCAAGAACUGGUACUGCUACGGGAAGACGGUGGCGGAGCGCGCGGCGUGGGACACGGCGGCGGAGCUUGGGGUGGACCUGGUGGUGGUGAACCCGGUGCUGGUGCAGGGCCCGGCGUUGCAGCCGGCGGUGAACGCCAGCCUGACGCACGUUCUCAAGUACCUCAACGGCGCCACCAAGACGUAUGCCAACGCCGUGCAGGCGUACGUGCACGUCCGUGACACCGCCGCCGCGCACAUCCGCGUCUUCGAGGCCCCCUCCGCCGCCGGACGCUACCUCUGCGCGGACGGCGCCGUGCUGCACCGGGAGGACGUCGUCACCAUCCUCCGCAAGUUCUUCCCCCAGUACCCCAUUCCCAAGAGGUGCUCCGACGAGGUGAACCCAAGGAAGCAGCCGUACAAGAUAUCAAACCAGCGGCUCCGUGACCUGGGCGUCGAGUUCACGCCGGCGGCGGAGUGCCUCUACGACACCGUCGUGAGCUUCCAGGACAAAGGCAUCCUCCCGGCGGCUCCAGCUGCCCCACCUACCCAGGCACAGCUUUGAGGGGGUGCUCUUCAGUUUUCAGGAAGUAUAAACAUGUCGAGCUUUAACACAAGUCUCGUCAUAUAUAGUGUCUGAGCUCUCAACUGGGGUGAAGUAUGUGACUGUAACUGUGACUGUGACUGGUUAUGUGAUGUGUAUUUUCGUCCAGCUGUUGCAAACAGCAGAAUUGCUGGAACAAUUUGAACUUUAAAUCUUUAGUUGGCAUGCCGUGCUGUUGUCCAAAAUGAAACGGCUUGAAAUGAAAUGCUCUUGAUUUGCCUCGGUUA